UUUCGCAUCCUAUCGAAUCCAAAUAAGCGGUUUAGUGAACUUAAGAUAAGAAUUCAAGUUCGCUCCCUCAUUUCCUUCCCUUUUCUCUCUUUUUCUGUUGUAUGGUUAACAAUGUUGUUAUCGCCAUCAAUUAGUACUCUCAAAACCCCAAUAAAGCUUAACAAUGGCAUCUACAGAAGAAAUCUCCCGCUUUCUUCAUCAACCCUCAAGGUGGUUUCAAUGGCGAAGGGCACAAGCGACGAGACUGACGGCGGAAUAGUCCAGACAAUAGCCAUAGCCGGAGGAUUGAUCUCUACUCCCGUCAUUGCUUGGUCACUCUACACUCUUAAAACUACUGGUUGUGGGCUCCCUCCUGGACCCGGUGGUUCAAUUGGAGCCUUGGAGGGUGUUAGCUAUUUGGCGGUGGUUGCCAUUGUAGGAUGGUCUUUGUACACUAAAGCUAAAACGGGUUCUGGUCUUCCUAAUGGUCCUUUUGGUUUGCUUGGUGCUGUUGAAGGUUUCUCAUACUUGUGCUUGCUCGCCAUUCUUGUAGUGUUUGGAUUAGAGUUCUUGCAGAAGGGUUCCCUCCCAGGUCCGCUCCCAACCGAUCAAUGUUUUGGGUAAUUUUAUGUUUGACUAAAUUGUAAUUGUGUAUGUAUGUUCACUAGAUAAUAUCAAUAAGAUCAGUAAAAUUCAUAAUAAAAAAAUGUUUGUAAUUCUUGCUGAUGUGCAGACUUUAGGGCUGAUUCUAGAUAUCAUUAAAUUCGAGUUAUUGGUGAAUAUAUUUUUGAGGAAAUUGGAAGAUUAUAUGACUCA